AUGGCGGACACCUCCGCACAGCGCAGACCGCCCUACCAGGGAGUGUGGACGAAGAGAGCUGCGGACGCUGACGAGUGGCUGCAUCUGCACAAGGUGGUUGUGUCUGCUACCUCAGCAUCUCUCAUCUCCACAUUCACCGGCUUUCCUCUCGACUCGCUCAAGUCGAGGCUACAAUCGUCAAGAGAAAAGGUCUCGAUCCCCCGUUUGGCUGCUGGAGUCAUCAAAGAAGAAGGGAUCGGAGGUCUAUGGCGAGGGUUCCCAUUACCACUCGUCACCAUCUCCAUCGUCCGCACUAUCUCAUUCACCAUCUACUCUUCCACCAAACGCAUCCUCAACGCCGUCCCAGCGCUUUCCGAUGCCUCACGACAGAGUGAAGAAGCUGCCUUUGGCGAUCGGCUGGACAAGGGCUGGGGCACAGGGACGGGAGAGGCAAGCCAGAAGGGACCAGAGGUCGAUGAGGAAAAAGUCAAGGAUCCGUGGAUCGGCCUGCGGCUGGGCAUGUUCUCUGGGGACAAUGCGAAGGAUAUCGCCAUCACGAGUAUGCUCGCGGGCGGCGCGAGUGGAGCGGUCGUCUGUGUUGGAAGUGCGCCGUUCGAGCUCGUCAAAGUGAGGCGGCAGCUGGAGUAUCAAAUCUACCGUGACUCUCGCCCCGAGCUCCGAAAUUUCCCUCCCACACCCAUUCCAAACUCUGCCCUUCCAAAGGGCACUGCCCCUUUCCAACCCCCCACAACUAUCCAAGCUGUACGCCUCAUCCUCGCUUCCUCUGGACCUUUGGGCCUCUAUACCGGCUGGCGACUUCACUUUAUCCGUGACACUUUGGGUACUGCGCUCUACUUUGCCGAAUACGACGUCAUGCGGUAUUACCUGGGACGUGCAAAGAAGGAGAGGCGGGAUGGGGAAGGCGGAGGAGGAGGAUUCGGUGAUGAUGUGCAGGGGGAUGUACCAGAGUGGUGUAGGGGUUGGAUCAUGAAGGGGAUGAUACCGUUCUUGUGUGGAAGUCUGGCGGGGGUCACAAGUUGGGCUCUGAUCUAUCCUGUUGAUGCAAUCAAGACAAAGGCGCAACAACGAGCCCUCUCAGGCCUCCCUAUGCGCACACCGAUCGAACAACUCUCCCGCCUCGUCCGCGGCACCGACAAGUCCAACCCCAAACCUUUCCUCACUGGCAUGGCCCGUCUCUAUCGAGGAUUGGGCAUAUCGAUGAUCCGGUCAAUGUUGACGCAUGGCUUGUUGUGGACGCUUGUGGAUGCUACCGGGAGCUACAUAGACUCGCGGCCCUUUGAACGACUGGCGAGUCGACAGGAGCUCAAGUAG